GUAUCAGUGUAAACUCUGCUCCAGUGUGUCUUCGCCGCUGUCAGAUGAGUGCGCUGCUGCAGGUCAGUGAGUGGAUCUUCACUAACACAGGAAUCCUCUCUGGUAAAGAAUUCACAUUUUGAGACUGUUGGACAAAUCACAGCGGCACCCUACCCCCCCUUUUCAAUGCCAGAGGUCCUGCUGGUUCUCCAGAAUGUUCUCUUUGAGGAAAAUAUCUUAUAGGUAGCACUCAAUCACGGUGGACUGUGACGUGGAGAUGGUCACUUGGGCCGCCUUGCUGACAGUAUGCAUAUGGAUACAAACACAAACUGCCUCAGGACAGCACACAUGUGCUUCUACACCACGCAGGUUGGUGGAUUUCACUGUAAAAUACUCCCUCCCCUACUUCCAAACAGACAAACCUAUACAGAACAUAGCAGUGAACUUGGAGGCGCAUCAGCCAGACGUGUAUGUUGCAUGCCAGAAUGCAAUAGAGGCAGUCGACUCUACUAUGGAAAAAAUAUGGGAGGUGAAAACUGGACCUGUUGGCAGUCCUGAUUGUGAAACGUGCCAGGUGUGUGACAUAGAAACAGAUCCUGGGGAUCCAGUGGAUACAGACAAUGAGGUCCUGCUUUUGGAUCCUGCUGGAUUUCCUUUUAUCUACUUGUACAUUUGUGGUAGUACUCAGCAUGGGAUCUGUUACCGCAUUGACAUUAGCUUACCACAGCCUGAGCUUCAGUGUUUAUACAAAAAGGAGCAAAACUCUCCAACCAACUGUCCAGACUGUCUAGCCAGCCCACUUGGCACCAAAGUCACCAUCGUUGAACAGGGAGCCAUAUCGCUCUUCUUUGUAGCAGCCUCUGUCAAUGACAAAGUGGCACAGAGGUAUCCAAGGAGGUCAAUAUCAAUGAUGAGGCCGCUUUCAACUGAGGAUGGCUUUCAUAUGCUCAUGAAUGGGCUGACAGUGCUUCCUGGUCUACGGGACUCUUACAAGAUUGAUUACAUCUACAGCUUCUCCACCAAGGAGUUUGUCUACUUCCUGUCCCUGCAGAGAGAAAACCCAUCAAAGAGCAAUUCAGUUUUUCAGACUCGUCUGGGACGACUGCCGAUAUUAAUUCCAGAGGUGUGGAUGUACAGAGAGGUGGUCCUGGAGUGCCGGUACAACCCAAAGCGCAGGAGGAGACGGAGAGAGGUCUUCAAGGACAUUGUGUAUAAUGGGCUACAGGCGGCACACUUUGGGCGAGCAGGGAAGGACUUGGCAGAUGAGCUGAGGGUGGAUGAGAGAGAAGACAUUCUGUAUGGGGUGUUUGCACAGGUGGAUGAGCGUGGUCAGACUAAAAAAAACUCAGCCCUGUGUGCCUUCCCUUUGACUAAAGUAAACCAUGCAAUUGAUGAAGGUGUGGAGGCCUGCUGCAAGUCAGGUCCAGAGCAGCUGUCCAGGGGUCUCUGUCACUUCCAGCUGUCUGAGAGCUGCCCACAUGAAAGUGCUGAAGGUAAUGACACAUGCAGUGACAAACCCACUCUGGUGUCAAAGCCGUACUACAGACUAGACCUCUUCAACAGGCAGAUGAGAGAUGUCCUUUUCACUACUGUCCUGGUCACCACUAUUGGGAAUCACACGCUGGGUCACUUUGGUACCUCAGAUGGACGGAUACUGCAGGUAAUUCUUACUGUGUACAAGCCUAUUGUUUUUGCCAAUUAUUCUCUGGAAGGGGCCGAAGUGUCCAGGACAGCAGCUGUGUACUCAGAAGAUUCACUUCUCUUUGUUGUUGGAAAUAAGCUGUUCAGGGUUCCCUCUGCAGGACCAGGGUGUGCACAUUUUAUGACAUGCUCCACGUGUUUGAUGGCUCCACGCUUCAUGAACUGUGGCUGGUGUUUGGGAAUUUGCUCAAGGCGGCAUGAGUGUGCCUCGCAGUGGAACAAAGACUCUUGUGCACCCAUCAUAACAGAGUUUUUCCCUAAAAUGGCACCCGCUGGAGGUGAGACAGAAGUGACACUGUGCGGCUGGGAGUUUCAGUCUCCUCUGCGGCCUGCCAUCAUCAGCGGCAAAACCCACAUCAUCACACUGGGCUCUGGGACCUUGUGUACUAUUCUGCCUGAAAAGAGCAGUAGUGAAGCGCUAGUAUGCAAGAUUCAGGAAAAAACCAUACCAAACCAGGACCUCACUAUCACUCUGGAAGUGCAUGAGCAGGAAGUGGAGGGCCGCUACUUAAUUGAAGGCACAUCUCAGAUGUCUGGCUUCUCUUUUGUGGAGCCUAGCAUAACAGAAAUCAAGCCUGACUAUGGACCCGUGUUUGGAGGAACAACAGUUACACUGACAGGCAGAUAUCUUAAUUCUGGGAUACAGAGAGAUGUCUUCUUUGCUGACAAAAAGUGCAAAAAUCAAAGUGCUCCUGAAGGAAGUGGGACUUUGUCUUCAAUCGUCUGCCACACAGAAGCUACCGCAGGUGUCGGGAAGGUAUCUGUGAAAGUCCUCAUUGACAACUUUCAAGUGACGACCACUAAGAUGUUCUUCUAUAAGAAAAACCCUGUUAUAACCUCUGUACAACCUCACUGCAGUUUCCAAAGUGGCUCCAAGCUGAUGAUAGAAGGUCAGAAUCUUGACUCUGCCCAUAAAACUGUGGUUGAGUACACUCCCAAAAAUCGCCACCUGCAGUCUCGUCAACAAGUCUGCAAAGGCACAACGAAUGCCACUCAUAUGGAGUGCUGGGCCCCUGCUUUUCCUGAGGAAAUGCCAGAAGACAAGUCUGACACAGGAGACAUUUUUAUUCACAUGGAUGGAAAAAAUAACCUCUGGAAGAGACGUUUUGACUACCACCCUGAUGUCAAAAUCAUUCCCUUUGAAAAUGAUGACAAUGUAUUACUUCUAAAACCCGGGGAGACGGAAGUUUCACUGCAUCAUAGCAAACUGAAUAUAGUGAGCACAUGUAUGAAGAUCCAAAUGACCAUUGGGGGUGUGAACUGCAAUGCCCAGGUUCUGUUAAAUGAGCUGACCUGCAGGAUUCCUAAAGGCCUGGUUAUCCCCAGCGAGGGAUUACCGGUCAAGGUGUUUGUGAAUGGGGAAGUUCAUGAUGUGGGCACAGUAGUCAGCGAUGUUGACAACAACAACACUGUGAUUGUGGGCAUUGUGCUGGGCAUCAUUGCUGCAUUGGUAGUAGGUGCUGGCCUUGCAUUAAUUGUGAUGAUCCAUUUGAAGAAGAAAAAGAGAGCCAUCAUAGAGAAUCGUUUAUCAACAAUGCUUUCACGGAACCGCAUGGGCAACGGCCCCGAUUUCUCCCCGACAGGUGACUAUAGACGAGAUCUGUCCAGUCAAACAUCAGGCUCAGGAGGAAUGGCCUUCCAAGGUUUAUUGUAUGCUGCCAGCUAUGAUCAUCUGGCCGUUCCUUUAAUGCCACGGGACAAUAUCUCAAUGGUCAGUCUAAGUUCUGAUCUUCUUGAAGAGGUCAAAGAUGUCCUGAUCCCUGCUGAGAUGCUCCGAAUUGAGGAUAGCCAGAUUAUCGGCAAAGGCCACUUUGGGACAGUUUAUCAUGGGUACCUGAUAGAAAGCAAGCAAGAGACCCACUGUGCUGUUAAAUCAUUGAACAGGAUCACAGAUUUGGGGGAGGUGGACCAGUUUCUCAGAGAAGGCAUCAUCAUGAAAGGUUUCAACCACCCUAACAUACUGUCUCUGCUGGGCAUCAUGCUGCCCAAAGAAGGGCUUCCUCUGGUGGUUCUACCGUAUAUGAAGCAUGGGGAUGUGCGUCAUUUCAUCCGCUCUGAGAAAAGGAACCCAACAGUGAAAGACCUGAUUGGCUUUGGGCUUCAGGUUGCCAAGGGGAUGGAGUAUUUAGCCCAGAAAAAAUUUGUCCACAGAGACCUGGCUGCACGUAACUGCAUGCUGGAUGAAACCUUCACAGUAAAGGUGGCUGACUUCGGCAUGGCAAGAGACAUCUAUGAUAAGGAGUACUACAGCAUUCAAGAUCACAAACGGGCAAAGCUGCCAGUAAAGUGGAUGGCCAUCGAAAGCCUGCAAACACAAAAGUUCACUAUCAAGUCUGAUGUGUGGUCAUAUGGCAUCUUAAUGUGGGAGCUGUUGACCAGAGGUGCUAGCCCAUAUCCAAAUGUGGACCCUUAUGACAUCACACUCUUCUUGUUGAAGGGACGUCGGCUUCCCCAGCCACAGUUUUGCCCUGAUACUCUCUAUUCUAUCAUGCUGACAUGUUGGGACCCAGAACCCGAGUGCAGGCCUAGCUUCAAUAGCCUGGUUACAGAAGUACAACACAUCCUGUCCUGUCUGGAAGGAGAGCACUACAUCAGUCUGAAGGUUAACUAUGUCAACUUAGACCAACCAAGGCCCUACCCAUCCCUGACUGGAUCUGCAGAUGAGGCUGAGGCCUCAGACCUGGAGGCAGACAGUAAUGCUUCCAGCUGAGGUUGCAAAGCCCUAAGACUCUCUGAUAGGAACACAGGAGCCGGAUUAAAAUUGGAAAGCAUACAAGAAAAGGGACAACUUAGCUUGGAUCCAUUUAUGCGUCACAUAAAUUGUUGAUCAUGCCUAUAAACCUGAGCACAUGGAAGGUUUGGCUAAUGAUUUAAAAGACACUGUAGGCUAUAAACUCCUAUUGGAGAUGAGACUAAUUCACGCUGGAAGUUCCCCAUCCUAUUUUCUACAUUUUAUUUGCAGAGAAAUAGAGACAGCAUGUAGAGGACAUGCUGUCUCUCUAUAUGUUGUGAAGUAAAUGUUUUAGUUGUUUUGUUUUUUCAAAACACCUGAAGCACAAGUUUGAAUGAGACAAAAUGAAUGUAAAAUGUGCUUUUGUUCAAUUUGUAGAAUAGGAUGUGCGGUUACAUGAGACUAUGUUGUUGUUAUAUGUCUCUAAGCCAUUAUAUUAGACAAGAGCUCAGGGGUAAACAUUUUUUUGUUUUGACACAUUUUUCUUGCUACAUGGAGAAAUGAUAGAUUACAUCUCUUCAUAUAGGCUAUAGAAUGUAGACUUAAUACGAGCGGCCGUGUACAUGUGAAAUUGUCGUACUAGAUGCAGAAUAACACCGAUUUACUCAGAUUUAGAGCCAUUGAUACUCUGUCAAAAGCUCUGCACCCACUGAAUUAUACAGUGAGCUGGCGGUGCUGUUCAGACAUCAACAGAGACUUACAAACAGUCUAGUACCUGUCAUCAUCACUAGAGGGCAACCAAUGCCUCCUUCUAAAGCAUACUUUUGUUGCUGCUGCAGUGAGGCUCUGCACUACAGCAGACAGCUCAACACAAAAGGUGUUACACAAACAGCCCAACUAUAAUCAUCUGAACCUCAGAACACACUCAGUCUUUCAACUGAAUCAACGCAAGUUAGCAUUCUGUCCAUGCUGCACAAUUUGGGGAGUUACCUUGUUUCCUGCAUGUAAUUAAAAUGAUCUCCACAGCAAAUUAGACAAUCCAAGAGGUUUUAGAAUAUAUGCACUGAUUUUUCAAAUUUUAGACAAUGCUGUAUGGUUUAACAAAAAAAAUAGUUUGUUGACCAACAAGCUUUCUACCAGGGGUAAUAGAUUUGGUUCUAGUAUACUUGAUUUUUGUUAUUGCUGCAUUUUCUCUCCUUCCAUCCAAGAUUGAACUGAUGUUAUAUACCUUUGCUCUAGGUUGUACUGAGUGUUUUUGUACAGACAAAUGGUUGAUUGCGCAUACCUGUCUCUAAAGCAUAUCAACAAAUUAAAUGUCUCCCCAUUGUUUUUCCUA